AAACCUGAAGGAACCCAAUGGGGUGAAAAUACAGGUCUCACAGGGAGAAACUUGGACAUGUUUAAACUGAUCAUUGUUGUUUUAACCAGUGAGGACCUAGAAAAGAUGGGUACAUCUCAAUUUUCAUGCAGAUUUGAUUGUAGUCCCAUGAGAAUCUUAGGGUUUGAUUAAAGAUAGCGAUGUAUUCCAGUUUUAUUAGACCUCACUAGCCUGUACGCACACUGUGUGUUUCUUCUAAAGAGCUAUGUUUGAUGGUUGCAGUGGUCUCGUGCGGUCGGUGAUAAUCAAUUCUCCAGUGCGCCACACGGAGGCGUUAAUGGCCCACUUCAUGCCGCACAACCCGAGACGGCAGAAAGUCCGCUGGCGGAGAAACAGUCCGGGUUUGAACUGUUUAUCCGACGCCAGUCUUAACGCUUUCACUUGGUGCGACUGUGCGCUCAGCUUCGCUCUGAACCUCGUGGAUCGAUGGCCGGGAGUCUGCCGUGGACACAUCUGCUCUACUGGACCUUCUCACAUGAUCUGCGCCUGUUUCCCGAACUGGACUAAAAAAAAAAGAAAAUGAAGGCGUGUGCGAUUGUCCUGAUUCUGGCCGUGCACAUUCACGCAGACAGCGUAGAGGGACCUACAGCAGCUGGCUGUACAUUUGAUGAGGACUCUGACCCCAGCCUUUGCGAGUUCAGCCAGGGAGAGGAGGAUGAUUUUGAUUGGCAGCUGUACCGCACCCACACCUUGCCUCACGCCACCCCGGAUCUUCUGCAUGGCUCCUACAUGAUAGUAAACUCAUCCCAGCAUGCUGCGGGCCAGAGAGCUCAACUGCUGCUACAGACGCUCAGUGAGAAUGACACGCACUGCGUCCAGUUCAGCUACUUCUUAUACAGCCGGGACGGACACAGCCCUGGGGCACUUCGAGCAUACGUGCGGGUGAAUGGUGGGCCGCUGGGCAUGGCUGUGUGGAACGUGUCGGGCUCGCAGGGGCGCCAAUGGUACCAGGUGGAGUUGGCAGUCAGCACCUUCUGGCCCAAUGAGUAUCAGGUGUUGCUGGAGGCGACUGUAGACCGCUGGGGCUAUAUUGCUGUAGACGACAUCUUGCUGCUGAACUAUCCCUGCUAUAAAGCCCCCCACUUCUCUCGCCUGGGGGAUGUGGAGGUCAACGCUGGACAGAAUGCCACUUUCCAGUGUGUGGCAGCAGGAAGAGCAUCAGAGGCAGAGAAGUUUUUACUGGAGCGGCACAAUGGCGAGGUGUCCUCAGGUGGCUUGGUCAAGCACCUGGGCCGCAAUCGUUUUUCAGUGUCCUUCCAGCUGGAGGACGUCCAGAGACCUGAGCAGGAUCUCUACCGCUGUGUAACCCAGUCGACCAAAGGCUCAGGCGUUUCAAACUUUGCAGAACUCAUUGUCAAAGUGCCCCCAUCUCCUAUUGCUCCACCCCAGCUGUUGAGAGCAGGCUCCACAUACUUGAUAAUCCAGCUCAACACCAACUCCAUUUUGGGUGAUGGGCCCAUCAUUCGCCGAGAGAUCGAAUACAGAGCAAGCCAUGCUCCUUGGACCGAAAUCAAUGGAGUAAACAUGCUCACCUACAAGCUCUGGCACCUGGACCCAGACACAGAGUACCACAUUAGUGUACUGCUUACCCGACCUGGAGAAGGUGGCACUGGACCCCCUGGUCCCCCUCUAAUCAGCAGAACAAAAUGUGCUGAACCCAUGCGAGCACUACGUGACUUGCGGGCUUCAGAGAUUCAAGCUCGGCAGCUCACUCUACAAUGGGAACCUCUGGCCUUUAACCUCACACGCUGCCACACUUAUUCUGUCUCUCUGUGCUACCGCUACGCCAUAGCAGGGGGCAGCGCUGGUGCUGGGCACAACACUACCAUCAGAGAGUGCCUAGCAGUGGAGCAUAACACCUCGCGCUUUACCCUCCGAGACCUGCCACCCUACCACACCAUCCACGUGCGCCUUGCCCUUGCCAACACUGAAGGCAAGAAGGAGGGGAAAGAGAUCAUGUUCCAGACAGAGGAGGACAUUCCUGGAGGAAUUGCCCCAGAGUCUUUAACUUUUACCCCUUUGGAUGACAUGGUCUUUCUAAAAUGGGAAGAGCCAGUGGAGCCCAAUGGUAUCAUCACUCAGUAUGAGAUUAGCUACCAGAGCAUUGAGUCAUCAGACCCUGGCAUCAAUGUGCCAGGCCCACGGCGCACUGUGUCCAAGCUGAGGAAUGAAACAUACCACAUGUUCUCCAGCCUACAUCCAGGCACCACUUACCUCAUCUCAGUACGUGCACGAACUGCCAAAGGCUUUGGCCAGACAGCCCUCACCGAGAUCACCACCAACAUCUCAGCACCCACCUUUGAUUAUGGAGACAUGCCAUCUCCACUGAGUGAGACGGAGAGCACUAUCACCGUGUUGCUACGUCCUGCCCAAGGUCGCGGUGCCCCGGUCAGUACGUAUCAGGUAGUUGUGGAGGAGGAGAGUGGGAGGAAAUUGAAGAGAGAGCUGGGGAUGCAGGAAUGUUUUCCCGUUCCCACCUCUCAUGGUGAGGCGCAUGCACGUGGCACUCCACACUACUACACAGCUGAACUGCCUCCCAGCAGCCUACCUGAGGCUACACCCUUUACUGUGGGGGAUAACCACACCUACAACGGUUACUGGAACAGCCCACUAGACCCCAGAAAAAACUACCUCAUCUACUUCCAGGCCAUGAGCAACUUCCGAGGAGAAACAAGGAUAAACUGCAUCCGAAUUGCCCGUAAAGCAGCCUGUAAGGAUCUCCGUCGAGCUCUGGAGGUGACACAGCACUCCGAGGAAAUGGGGCUGAUUUUGGGAAUCUGUGCAGGGGGGCUGGUGGUCCUGAUUCUGUUACUAGGAGCCAUCAUCAUCAUCAUUAAGAAAGGAAGGGACUACUACUCUUACUCUUACUAUCCUAGGAAGCCGGUGAACAUGAAUAAGACUCCCAUUACAUACAGGCAGGAGAAGAGUCAUAUGAUGGGCUCAAUGGAGCGCAGCUUUGCAGACCAGAGCACACUGCAGGAGGAUGAAAGGAUGGCUUUGUCCUUUAUGGAUGCCCACACCUGCAGCACCCGGAGUGAUCCACGGAGCUCCAUGAAUGAAUCAAGCAGCCUGCUUGGUGGAUCACCUCGGAGGCAUUGCAGCAGUAAAGGUUCUCCAUACCACACCGGGCAGCUUCACCCUGCAGUACGUGUAGCCGACUUGCUGCAACACAUCAACCAGAUGAAGACGGCAGAGGGCUAUGGAUUUAAACAGGAAUAUGAGAGCUUCUUUGAAGGCUGGGAUGUCACAAAGAAGAAGGAUAAAACGAAGGGAAGACACGAUACUAUAAUGGACUAUGACCGUCAUCGUGUGAAGCUGCACUCGCUCCUUGGGGAUCCAAACUCCGACUACAUCAAUGCCAAUUACAUUGAUAUUCGGAUAAACAGGGAAGGCUACCAUCGAUCCAACCACUUCAUCGCCACGCAGGGGCCCAAGCAGGAGACGGUGUAUGAUUUCUGGAGGAUGGUGUGGCAGGAGAACUGCUUCAGCAUCGUUAUGAUUACCAAGCUUGUGGAGGUCGGCAGGGUUAAGUGCUAUAAGUACUGGCCUGAUGACACAGAGAUGUAUGGAGACAUCAAGAUCAGCCUGCUGAAAACAGAAACUCUGGCUGAAUAUGCAGUACGCACCUUCUCCUUAGAGAGGAGGGGUUACUCAGCCAAGCAUGAGGUGCAGCAGUUCCACUUUAUGUCAUGGCCAGAGCACGGAGUUCCAUACCACGCCACAGGCCUGCUUGCCUUCAUUCGACGGGUCAAAAGCUCUACACCAACGGAUGCUGGCCCUGUGGUGGUCCACUGCAGUAUGGGGGCUGGCAGGACAGGCUGCUACAUCGUACUGGAUGUCAUGUUGGACAUGGCAGAGUGUGAGGGAGUAGUGGACAUUUACAACUGUGUAAAAACUCUCUGUUCCCGUCGCAUCAACAUGAUCCAGACAGAGGAACAGUACAUAUUCAUUCAUGAUGCCAUCCUGGAAGCAUGCCUGUGUGGAGAGACAGCUAUACCUGUAAACGAGUUUGCGCUCACAUACAAGGAGUUGCUAAGGGUAGACUCCCAGAGCAACUCCUCACAACUCCGAGAAGAGUUCCAGACCCUGAACUCUGUGACACCUCACCUGGAUGUGGAAGAGUGCAGCAUUGCACUGUUACCACGGAACCGUGAGAAGAAUCGCAGUAUGGAUGUUUUGCCUCCAGACCGUGCUCUGGCUUUCCUGGUUACCACAGAGGGUGAGAGUAACAACUAUAUCAAUGCGGCUCUGACUGACAGCUUUCAUCGGCCAGCAGCCUUCAUAGUGACACCUCAUCCCCUGCCUGGCACAACCACUGACUUCUGGAGGCUGGUGUUUGACUAUGGAUGCACCUCUAUCAUCAUGCUUAACCAGCUCAACCAGUCAAACUCAGCCUGGCCUUGUAUGCAGUACUGGCCCGAGCCUGGUCUUCAGCAGUAUGGCCCUAUGCAGGUGGAGUUUCUCUCCAUGUCUACUGAUGAAGAUGUAAUCACUCGCCUCUUCCGGAUUACAAAUGUCUCAAGGCUACAGGAGGGUCAUUUGGUGGUGUGCCAGUUCCAGUUCCUGCGCUGGUCAGCGUAUCGAGAUGUCCCAGACUCCAAGAAGGCCUUCCUUAACCUGCUCGCCCAUGUGCAGAAGUGGCAAAGGGAGUGUGGUGAUGGUCGCACUGUGGUCCACUGCCUCAAUGGAGGUGGGCGUAGUGGCACAUUUUGUGCAUGUACCAUUCUGAUGGAGAUGAUCCAGUACCAAAACUUUGUGGAUGUUUUCUAUGCCGCCAAAACACUGAGAAAUGCCAAGCCCAACAUGGUAGAGUCGCUGGAGCAGUACCGCUUCUGUUAUGACCUGGUGAUGGAAUAUUUGGAGUGUAUGGACCUCAGAUAGCAACAUAUCUCAUCUGUCCUCUAAAUACAGAGGAGGACUGCUGACAGAUUCACUCUUUCUAUCUCUUUCUAUCUCUUUCCAUCUCUUUCUCUCCCUUUUCCUUUUGUCAGCUUACUCACCUCAAAAUUCUUACCUGCAAGGGAAAGAGCAGAAAAUAAACAUGUGAGAAGAAGCUUUUUGCCUUUUUCGCCCAGAAUGUCUAGAUGUGGUGGACCAUCCAUGUCCUAGUUGUUUGUGGUUUCGUGUUGUUUUGUCAGCAUCUUUUCCCCUCCUCUUCCCCCCUGAACUGUGAGCAAUCCACCCAAAAUAACUCAAAGCCAGCUCUGAUACCGAGUAAGAGCGUAUCUUGACUUCAUUUCCUGAUAGUGUGACCUGUGUUUUGUUUUCUACUGUGCUGGGAAUGCUCAAAGACAGGAAGUGUCCCUAGUUGGCUGAACCGAGGAAAAGAAAAAAAGAGGCUUGGAUGUGUUCUUCUUAUGUGCAGUACACCAGAGUAAGACAUCUGAGCCAUGGUCUGGAAGAUCAAGAAGAAGCAAACAAACAAACACACACAUGAACAGACACACUCAAUUUUUUUCUGUGUUCCCAGAACAUUGAAUCUGCAGCCAGCUCUUCAUUAUUUCAGCUGACAGUGCAUUACAAUGGCUGCAUUUUUACUAAAGAGCCUUGGACAUCCAUUUUAUAAUAAGGUGUCUGGACUGCAUUAUUCAAUCCCAGUAUUGUACUGGGUUGGACUGUCUACAAUUGGGCCAAUAAGGAUGCAUCACAUUGGUCUAGUAGUGGUCUAGGAGAUUGUUGUUCUUUACAAUACUGCAUUCAGUGUCACCGACUGAAAAGAGAGCUGUCAUAAAUGUGACGGCUUUAAUAUCCUGCAGUGGCUCAGUUUUUUUUUUUUUUUUCUCACUUGUACAUAAAUCUAAUGUCUGCAGGUGUUCUGUUCUGUUGGCAUUCUGAGGGCAUUGAUCAGACAAAAAGUGGUUUCCAGGUUAACCCUGACAUGUGCCCUCAAAUAUCUUAACAAGAGAAGUGAUAAUGGAGAUUUACAGUUGCAGAGGCUGCAGAAAGGGCAAACCUGAACUGGAAAAACAGUGGUGCAAUGAUACAUAGGAUGUCAACCAGAGCCAAUUUCUAACAUUUUAUUUUUACUUUGACUUGUAUUUGUCAAUUGGUUGCUGUUCACCAGUUUCUUAGACCAUUGUCUGAAUGUUGCUGUCUAAGAAUUUAACUGAUGCAACAUCUUGGACUUUAAUUAGCAAUUUCCAGAGUUGACCCUGGUUACCUAAUUCAACCUACAUCCAUAUAUGUGUAUGUGUGUAUGGAACAAAUGCAGGUAAAUUCUGAAAAUAAUAAGACACUAGAAAGCUCAUCUGAUAGGUCAGAACAUAAACAAUGAUUUAAUAAUACAGUGCAUCUGAAAAGAAUUCAGUGUUUUUCUUUUUCCACAUUUUAUGUUACAGCUUUAUUCCAAAAUGGAUUAAAUUCAUUAUUUUCCUCAAAGUUCUACAAACAAUACCCCAUAAUGACAAUGUGAAAGAAGCUUGUUU